CAAUCUGGCAACCCGGUCAAUCAUUUUGCUCGGCGAAAGCCAGCUCGGAGCUCACUCUCACUCACCAGGACAGAGCAAACGGGAACAUCACCACCGGGAAUGACACUGAUCAUACGGUUUUUGUUUCUUUUUUAAUCAAGCAUGGAUAAAACAACGCGUGAAUUGAUUUCUGAUCGUCUUACCGGCGCCGUUUUAUUUACGUGUCGGUUUUAUGAAGUUUCUCCUUUAAAGUUUCUCUGGUAACUUCUGUGGAAUAGUGUCUCGAAUUAGAAUCUAAUCUACACGUGUCUUCAGGAGCCCAAAGUUCUACCGGUUUCAAUGGAGGCGACCUGUUGGAUUUCCACGCUUUAAUUUGCCUGUAAAAAAAAUCAAUAAUAAAAAAUAUAUAUAUUUUCCGGGUCUGAAUGGACGUUAUGCUCGAGGGGAACAACAGCUGUAAUAACACACGGACUGUGGAGAACAACGCGAGCCCGGUGAUAAGCGCGCUCAUGUUCGCGGCGGGUGUGCUGGGCAACGCGGCCGCGCUCCUGCUGAUCGAGGUGCGGCGACGGAAAGAGCGCAGCCGCAAGCAGCACGAGUAUCAGAGGCGUACCUUGUUCCACGUGCUCGUGACCGCGCUCGUGGUCACCGACUUGGCGGGCACAUGCCUGGUCAGCCCUCUCGUGCAAGCCGCGCACGCACUCAACACAACGCUGAUUGCCAUGGGCGAAAACAGGGGCGCGUGCCACUACUUCGGCUUUGCUAUGACUUUCUUCAGCCUGGCCACGCUCUCGCUGUUACUCGCCAUGGCGCUGGAGCGCUACCUCUCCAUCGGCUACCCGUACCUGUACGGGCGGCGGGUGAGCACGCGCUGCGGCUACGUCGCCAUACCUUGCGUGUACGCGCUGUGCGCGCUCUUCUGCUGCUUGCCUUUUGCGGGCUUCGGCAGCUAUGUGCAGUACUGCCCUGGCACCUGGUGCUUCAUCGACAUGAACCCCGAAGACAGCGCUGACCGGGUGUUCGCCAACGUGUACGCCACCGUCAUACUGCUCAUGGUGCUCGCGGUGGCCGCGUGCAACUGCUUUGUCGCCUAUCACCUGGUGAUGAUGUACCGGAGACGCCUGGUAAAUCGCGGAACGUCAGUCACGCGCAGCAGGAAGGAACGGAGACCCUUUUCUCUCUCGCAGGAAGUGGAGUAUCUCAUCCUCUUAGUCAUCAUGACAGUUAUAUUUGUCAUAUGUAGCCUGCCCUUAAUGAUCCGAGUGUACAUUAACUCCAUACAGAGGCGCAACGAAAGCAAGACUGACCUUAUCGCGCUGCGCUUCAUUUCCAUCAACUCCAUCAUCGACCCGUGGGUGUUUAUCAUCCUCAGCCCUUCUAGGCUACGCUUCCUUUUGGGAGCGCUGUGCAAAGCCGGAAACAGGAACUCGAUUUACAGAACCUCGCUGGCUAAAAACUCUGAAGGACCGAUCGAUCAGUGCCAAAACAUCACCGUCAGCACUGAGAUCACACACCUGAACAAAUCCGCUCAGAUGAUAUGACCGAGGAUUUGACAUCAAGCUAAAAAAAAAAGUCCACUCUGUGGGAUUCCCAGACGCUGGAAGAUCAGCAGAGGGGUUUCUGGAAAGAUUGUAUGUUUUUUCAAGCUUAAUUUAGAGUCCCCAAGAGCCAGGCCAUUUUGAUUGACAAUGAGAUACUAACUCUACAGUGACCUGGAACGAUUGUUGUUGUUGUUGUUGUUGUUGUUGUGUUCUUUUGAAACCACUAAAGUGUUUUUUUUAUAGUAAAGACUGAAUUCUCUAAGCGCUUAAAAAAAAAACAAAGGUCAUGACGGACAACACGACUACAUGAAGAAUGUACUAGAAUGUCCUUCAGGAUAAGUUCCAUAUAAGAGAGUGUGUAACAGAUUAUGGUGUGUUAAGGCUAUCUAGGAUGGACAAAAUGGACAAAGUUUGUUCUGCAAUUCCUGUGUGUCUACGCAUCAUCGCCUCAUGUUGGCUUUUUAUGGAGCUUGACUGGGAAUCAGUGGAA